AUGAAAUCAUUUACCCUAAUCUACUACAUUGUUCCUUAAGACAACGAUGAUGUUGAAAUACCUAAUGCAUUCGGAAUAGGUAAACCAGUAGAUCAAGUCACCCUUAAGGAUGUUAAGAGUAGUUUUCCGCUUUAGGGAGAAUAUAUAUUCAGAUUUAGAUAUAAAACAAGUCAUAAUACAGUCUGGCUUGAUUUACCUACAGACACAUCUUAGAUUCCGUUAUUCAAUAAUCGCAUCUUGAUUAAAGCGACAAGAAUUAGUUGGGAAACCUAAAAUAAUUAAAGUCAAUCGGCUUCAGUAUCAUAACAACUUAAUAAUCUUGCGCCAUAACAUAUUCAAAACUAGACAGUGAAUUAAUAAGCUUUUGCAUAAUUUUAAUAACCGCAGCCGACUCAAUAGCAACCAUAAUAGUAAUAAUAAUCGUCCCAAAACUAAAAUUUAAUUGAUUUUUGA